GCUUCCACAAAAGCCUUCAGCUUUUAUUUCUCUUGUCUGCCAUUAAAAUCCCAUAAAUACAACACUCCUCUCUCCCUUGCCUCGCCACUCUUCCCCCCUUUUCUUCACCCUUUUGCCUCCUCAUUCUCCCUCUCCAUUUUCCAUCACUUUCCCAAGAAAAAAAGAGGAAGAAAAAUGGGCUGAGACCAACAAAAAAAAAAAAGACCUCCCUCCAUCAAUCUCCUCCAAAACCCCAUCUGGGUUCUCUUCUUCUCUUUGUCAUCCGAUUUCCCCACCAAAACAACAACAAAACUAAACCAAAAAAAAAAAAAAAAAACAAACAAACAAACAAAACAAAAGAUGAUCAGUCUUUUGGACCUCUACCACGUCCUAACAGCCGUGGUUCCACUCUACGUGGCGAUGAUCCUGGCCUACGGCUCCGUGAAAUGGUGGAAAAUCUUCAGCCCCGAUCAAUGCUCCGGCAUAAACCGGUUCGUCGCCCUCUUCGCCGUCCCUCUUCUCUCCUUCCACUUCAUCUCCACCAACGACCCUUACAACAUGAACUUCCGCUUCAUCCUCGCCGACAGUCUGCAGAAAAUCAUCGUACUCGCCGUCCUCUUUCUCUGGUCCAAAACCAGCUCCCGAGGCUCCUUGGAAUGGUCCAUUACUCUCUUCUCUCUCUCCACCCUCCCCAACACCCUCGUCAUGGGCAUUCCCCUUCUCAAAGGAAUGUACGGUGACUCCUCCGGAACUCUCAUGGUCCAAAUCGUCGUUCUUCAGUGUAUAAUCUGGUACACUCUAAUGCUCUUCCUGUUUGAGUACAGAGGGGCUAGAUUGUUAAUCGUCGAGCAGUUUCCCGACACCGCCGGGUCGAUCAUCUCCUUCCGUGUCGACUCCGACAUCAUUUCCUUGGACGGCAAGGAACCUCUGCAAACCGAGGCGGAGGUUGGGGAGGACGGCAAGCUCCACGUGACGGUCAGGAAGUCGACGAGUUCUCGGUCGGAAAUCUUUUCUAGACGGUCUCACGGCCCGAACUCCGGGCUUUCGCUGACGCCGAGGCCGUCGAAUUUAACCAAUGCCGAGAUAUACUCGCUUCAGUCGUCGAGAAAUCCGACCCCCCGAGGGUCGAGCUUUAACCACACGGAUUUUUACUCCAUGGUUAAUGGGAAGAAUUUGGGAAGUGGGGUCAGUCCGAGGCAGUCGAAUUUCGGGGUCUUUGAUGAAGAGAGAGGGGGUGUUGGUGGGUAUCCUGCGCCGCCGAGUACUGGAAUAUUCUCUCCGGUGAAUGGUCCUGGCGCGAAUAAUAAUGGUAAUGGUAACAAGAAGAAGGGAAGUGAUGGGAAGGAUCUUCACAUGUUUGUUUGGAGUUCGAGUGCUUCGCCGGUUUCCGAAGGUGGGAUUCAUGUUUUCAGAGGCGGUGCCGGUGGAGAGUAUGGGAAUGAGCUUGCUCAUCAUCAAAAAGAUUACGAUGAGUAUGGCCGUGACGAGUUCAGCUUCGGAAACAGAGGUGUCUCAAAUGGAGUUGACCGUGAAGGUCCUGUGCUUUCCAAGCUUGGUUCUAGCUCCACAGCUGAGCUUCAUCCCAAAACUGCUUCACAGGUUGAGACCAAGCCCACUUCAAUGCCUCCUGCUAGUGUCAUGACAAGGCUCAUUCUGAUCAUGGUUUGGAGAAAACUCAUCAGAAAUCCCAACACUUACUCUAGUCUCAUUGGUCUCACUUGGUCUUUAGUCUCAUUCAAGUGGAACAUUGCAAUGCCUGCUAUAAUUGCGGAAUCCAUUGCCAUUUUGUCAAAUGCAGGCCUUGGAAUGGCCAUGUUUAGUCUUGGUUUGUUCAUGGCAUUACAACCGAGGAUUAUUGCAUGUGGUAACUCAGUUGCUACAUUUGCCAUGGCGGUCAGGUUCCUCACAGGUCCUGCAGUCAUGGCAGCUGCCUCAAUUGCCGUGGGACUAAAAGGAGUUCUCUUGCACAUUGGUAUAGUACAGGCUGCUCUUCCACAAGGAAUUGUCCCCUUCGUCUUUGCCAAGGAAUAUAAUGUUCACCCUGACAUUCUGAGCACUGGGGUUAUAUUUGGGAUGCUAAUUGCUCUUCCUAUCACUCUAGUUUACUAUAUUUUGCUGGGACUAUGAAGCACAAGCUGUCAAAGAGACUCAGUUAGUUAGUACUCUUUUUUUUUUUUCGUUUUACCCUUUUCGUUAUUGGGUUUUUGGCUAUCUAACAGAAGGAAAAAGCAUAGAUUUCAAGAAACUUAUUAGAGGAGAAGAAUAGAGUGGGAGAAAAAGAUACAAGACUUCUCUGCAAAACAAGGACAAGGGAAAUAGAAAAAGGAACAGUGAAUUCUUAUUAUAUCAGUAGUUUUUUUUUUUGGGGGGGUCAUUUUGAAGAUUUCUAUGAAACCUUGUGCCUCUUUCUUUUUGAACUUUUGUUUCAUCGAUGAAAAAGAAAGUAGUGAGAGCUUUUAUUUGAUGUUGCAGUCGGAGAUGUAUCUCUUGUAUCUCUGCUUUCCUUAAACUUUUGUAAGGUCAAAAAAGAUUUUUAACCCCACUUGGAAUCUCUAUGCGAAAAGCUUA